CAGCCUAAAAGCGAUCAGGGGUUGUGCAAACUGGAAGGGAGGGAAGAAACCACCAGAGCCCAAAUGGGUGUGAAUCAACCACUGGGUGUUAUUCAUAGAAACUGCAUGGAGAGCACUUGCAAUAGUUGAUGUUUUUCAUUCAGUGGCACAUGAAAAUAAAGGGAAUGUCUCUGAGAUUUAGGCUAGACUGAAAAUGCCUUUUUACUGCUCACUAGGACCAGAAAUAUAUGUCAAGAAAAGUGUAAUCGCAUCACGUGAAUGAACAGCGAUGAAAGCAGAACCUUCUUUUUACAGGUGAGAAAACAAUUUGUCAGUUCCUGUCAGUUGUAGUCUCAGUCAUGUGUUCCUGUUUGCUGGUUUUGUUAAUUGAUUUCACCCACCAACUUUCCGGUGACCUGAUUUGCUGAUGAGGCACAACACAGCGUGAACCAGUGGUAACAAAUGUGCAGAAACUGCGAUGUGUGUGCUGGAACAGGAAAUGAAUGCAGACAGAGGAGGCAGGCAAGCUGAAACUGGCACAAAGCUCUAGCGUGUAUGUACACCCGCCCACAUACACACACACGGACACACACUGGCCCUGAACAACAACUGUCAGAGCUGGAACUUUGAGCUAUAGGUGGAACGACUGAAGCCUGUCUAAGACAUUAGGCAGACCGAGGAAGGAAAAGAGUUUUAAAGAAAAGAGAAGACCGACAGGAGACGGUUCUUACAAAUGUAACUUGAAGAAGAAGAAAAGAGAGAAACAAAGAUAUGGAGAAGAAGGUGCGCCGAUCCCGCCUCAGCAGGAAGGCCUUUCCUGAGCUAUGAUUCCAGCUUGAUUCCCUCAAGAGGUGAAUAGGGUAACAUGACGUCCUUAAACAGUCUGGGCCUGGUGCUGGUGGAGUUUGAAUAUGAAUACGAGGGCCGGGAUGGUCACAUGGUGUCCAUUAAACCCAACGAGCGCUACAUCCUCCUGGCCAAAACAAACGAUCACUGGUGGCAAGUUUGCAAAGAUGAACGAGCCAAGCCAUUUUAUAUCCCUGCUAAAUAUGUCAAGGAGCUUCCAGCCAACAUCCCUUCACCUCUAGACUUCAGAGAGCCUCCAGGCCCCGAUGUGAAGCCUGUGGUGACCGACCUCAUAGAGGCCCGCAAACCUGAUGAGUUAACAAUUAAACUUCGCUCCAAAGGGAAUUACAACAAGACAGAAAACCGCAUGUCUACAUUUGGAGUUCCUUUGGAUUUACACGAGCCCCCUUCUUACAAACAUGGCGGUCCUUCGGACUCCCUCAUUUCCCUGAACACGGCCUCUGCCUCAGACUCAUCGCAUCAGAAGAAGAGGAUGAGUCAAGCAGCCAAUCUGCUGUUCGGCUCUCACGCUGAAACGGUGCCUGAUAAGUUUCGAGUGCCCAGCUUCAGCCCAGCUGACCCACUCCAUAAACCUAUCCCUGUGAAACCUGUGGAGCUCCCCAUCAUCAAGAACCUAAACGAGACCAAACCCCACAGGAAGUCCCCCGAGCCGGAAACCCCAAUAACGCCAGAGAGUGAAAGCUCUAGCUCAGACCCACUGCCAUCACCAGACUCGGAGAAUAUUUAUGAAUCCAUAUCGGAUCUGAAUCUGGACCUGUCGACACUGACGGACCAAGCACCUGCUGGACUGCCAAACCCUCAGACCAACACAUCAUGUUCUGCUCCACCCAUAAAGACAGAGAAUGACCCAGCCACAGCUGUGUAUGCCAACGUUACUGACCUGAAGAAGAGCGUUCCUCGCCCCUCAAACUCUUCUUCAACUUGCUCGUCGCCCGGCAUCACCCUCACUCCUGCUCCGGACUCCGCCUCCCCUCCCAACUCGGCCGGAUGGCAGGUCCACACUGACAACAGCAGCGGUAAGGAGUACUACUACCACCCUGGCACAGGACAGAGCAGUUGGUCCGAUCCCCGUAGCCCCCCAGCAGGAGCAGGUAUGGAGUCUGUGACCUCCCCCAUACCUGCGUCCACCCUGUCCUCAGCACACUCACUGGGCUCUGACUGGGAGCAGCUUUUGGACGAGACCACUGGGAGACAUUAUUAUUAUAAUCAUGCUUUGAAGCAGUCCUCUUGGACUGCCCCAGAGCCAUCGCCACCUCCACCUCCCUCCUCUCCAGAUAAGACACAAAGUCAGGGCAAGGAGCCAAACGGACCGCCACCUCUUCCAGAGGAGGACUACCCAGCGAAUCAGCGUGAGGAUUCCCAUAUUUCUCUUCAGCUCCCUAAGGAUUUUCAAUUGCCCCAAAUCAAGCGCGCCAUCAUCCCUAGGGCUGCUGUGGACAUGCAUAAAGACGUUCCUGUGGGCUGGGCUCACUCUGUAGGGGCCGAUGGAAAAUCUGUCUACACAAAUGAACACACACAUGAACAGUGGAUCCAGUCUAAGGAUGACAAGGGGAAGAUGUAUUUCUACUUAAAAGAUGGGUCAAAAUGUCAGUGGAGCCUUCCAGAGGCUUCAGUCCCACCUGUUCAGCCGGUCAAUGGAAAUGGAACGGACCAAGAGGCUCAGCCUGUCUUGAAACCGUCCCAGUUCAGCGUGUCUCAGGAAGACCUGAAGUUUUUCCCCUCACACAGGCGGAUCGCCUCUGACAAUGCCUGUGAUGCAUUCAGUUCAGGGAAUUCACCAGAAUCACAGCAUUACGAUAAAAAGUUCAGGCGGCGGAGGAACCUGUCCAGUCACAGCACAGAUUCACAUUCUCAUCAUCAGUCAUCAAUGGAGAAGGCUGGGAUUCUCAACAAGACCAAAGUGGCUGAGAAUGGAAAAAGGCUGAGGAAGAACUGGGCACAGUCGUGGACUGUCCUCCAUGAUGGCAUACUCACUUUCCACAAAGACCCGAAAUUUACACCUGCUGGGAUGUCUACCAAGAGCACUCAGAUCGUCCCGGAGUACACAGUGGAACUGAAGGGAGCGACUUUAUCAUGGGCGUCUAAAGAGAAGUCAAGCAAGAAGAAUGUUCUAGAGCUCAAGACACGUCACGGCUCCGAGUAUCUGAUACAGUACGACACAGACAGCAUCAUACACGACUGGCACAAGAUCAUUCUAGACACCAUCAAACUGCUGCAGGACCAUGGCCACUACUCGGAGGAUGAAGCAGAAGAUAUUCCGGAAAAAUCUCCAUUGCCUGCCGAUAAAGAGAGGAAGAGUGAAUCAACUAGACUGAGUUCUUCUAGUAGCAUAGACCUUGAACAGGGCCGUGUUCGCACCAAGCUGCGCAAGUUCCUCCAGCGGCGGCCCACCCUGCAGUCAGUCAAAGAGAAGGGCUACAUUAAAGAUAAUGUGUUUGGCUGCCACAUAGACACCCUCUGUCAUCGGGAAAACACAAACGUGCCCAAGUUUAUGGAAAAGUGCAUCAGAACUGUUGAGAAAAGGGGGCUGAAAGUAGAUGGAAUCUACAGAGUGAGCGGGAACCUGGCCGUCAUCCAGAAGCUGCGAUAUAAAGCUGAUCAUGAAGAGACUCUGGAUCUGGAGGAUGGGCAGUGGGAAGAGAUCCACGUGAUCACCGGAGCUUUGAAGCUCUUCCUGCGGGAACUUCCUGAGCCUCUUUUCCCCUUCAGCUUUUUUGAAAGGUUCAUCGCUGCCAUUCAAAUGAGUGACUACAGCCAGAAAGUGUCAUAUAUUCGAGAUCUAGUGAGAAACCUGCCUUUGCCCAACCAUGACACCAUGGAGGUUCUCUUCAGACAUCUUCGCAAAGUGAUUGAACAUGGUGAGCUGAACCGCAUGUCUGUCCAAAGUAUGGCCAUCGUGUUCGGUCCAACGCUGCUGAGACCACAGGAGGAGUCCAACAUCACCAUGCACAUGGUCUUCCAGAACCAGAUCGUGGAGCUCAUCCUCAACGAGUUCAGUGAGCUCUUCCAAAGCAAAUGAAAUCACCCAAUGGAAAGGACCCACGGUCCCAAAUGAACAAGGUUACUGACUGUUUUCUGUCGACUGUUUGGAUGUUGACCGUCCCAGUCAAUCAAAGACAAGAUGUCUCAACAAAUAAGUGCAUUGUGAAACAUGAAGAGGAUUUGCUCCUCGAAACCGCCUUUCUCGUUGCAACCUGUGUUUUUGUUAAUACUGAAAUCAAGAGAGAUGAUCAAACAGAUCUUAUAAAGAAAGAAAAUGUGUAGUUUGUCGGAAUGUUUUGUUCGAGACGAGACAGUUGUGUAGUCAUUAAUUGCAACAAUUGCUUUAAAGGUAUUAAACAUACAGCACACAGACUUGUACGUGUUACUGAAUAAUAUACUGUAUAUUAUUGCUACUCACCAAAAACAACAUUUUUCAUUAAGCCAAACAGCUUUUUCCUUCGGGUUUUCUGGCCAAAUGUUGUAUGAACAAGUAAAGAUACUCGACAAAGGUAUGGAUAUUUGGUUGAUUUGUAAUGUUAUGUUUCUCUGAACAAAGAUUUGAUGGUUACAUCUGGACUUGAUGUGUUCUUGAUCACCUAUAUGGUGCACUACUGGUUAAACCUUAUUGUGCAUGAGACUCGGAAAAAGGGGUUUAAUUAAUCAAUCAACAGUAUGACUAACAUUUUGUACCGUCUUUAGUCUCUAAGAUGAAAUAUUAUUCUAAAAUGCUGACAGGACAUUGCACAGAAGUAUGAAAGUGGAUGUGCAUUACGUUUUAAGAACAAACUCUGUGGAUGUAGACUAGACUGUACAUAUUUUAAAUUGGUUGUUUAUAUAAAAAAUAUGGUAAAGAAAUAAUUGGCAAUUUCAUUUUUAUUACAGAGAUAAAUAUUCUGUAAAUAAAACAAAUACUUUAGACCAUAUUUAACGUUAUGCAAAUAUGUGCAUAGUUUUUACACUGGUAGUUUCAGAAAUGUAGGAAAUGGAUAUAAAAAAAUAAAUAAAUGUUUUUAGUAUUAUAAGAGUGCAUUUAUAUAGUCAUUAUGUCAGAUAAUAAAGUGUGGACAUCAAUUUAAAACAAAGAAAAGAUAUUUAGACUGGACUAUAGAUCAAUGCAAUGUGUGAAAUUAUAAAUAAAUAUGUUGCCUUCAUUUUCACAA